AUGGCGAGCUACAAUGGCCGACGCGCACCGAAUGUGUCGCAAUACCUGGCCAACCUGAACACGAUCCCAGGACCGCAGGACGUCGCGGCGCAGAGUGCCUUUCCAACGGGAGACGACCUGGACUUCUUGACCAACACCGAGUUCUUCGACUUUGACAACUUCGAGGGCAUCGGCGACGAGUUCGGACAGGGCGCUGCAUCGGCGCAGGCAAAUGAGAAGGCGGCCCAGAAGGCAGGCAGCAGUGCUGUGGCCACGAAUGGCCCCGGCUACCAGUUCAGCGAGUUCCAGACCUAUCCCACCAUGACCGCCUCGCCCGUGAGCGCCAUCACAUCUCCCUCCAACCUUCAAGGCGCCUUCCCAGCUCUACCCUCUCACUUCUCUCCUGGCGAGAAGCGCAGCGCUUCCCAAGCAGGCCUCGCCUCCGUCGACCUCGAGGACCCUUCCCGCUUCAUAGCAGAAGAGGAUAAACGUCGCCGCAACACAGCCGCGUCGGCACGUUUCCGCGUGAAGAAGAAGCAGCGCGAGCAGGCGCUUGAGAAGCAGAGCAAGGAUAUGUCUGAGAAGGUGCAGAUGCUUGAGGGAAAAGUGCAGCAGUUGGAGAUGGAGAACAAGUGGUUGAAGGAGUUGAUCACGGAGAAGACCAAGGAUAGUGAGAAGGCGGAUGCGGAGGGGAAGAAUGCUUCCGAGACCAAGGGCGACCGGAGUCGUGAGGAGAGGACUGACGGCGUGGGCACUGUUGCUGAUGUCAAGGUCGCUGCUUGA